CAUGAAAAUGGAAAGGGAGUUUAGUUUUUUGAACUCCUGAAAUUACAUGGCAAAAAUGUGUUGCUUGAAGGGUUCUGCUGUGCCGCAUCUAUGAUACGGAUAUAAUUUCAUGUUAAAAAAUUGCAACUGAAAUUUGUACGAAAUAUUGGCAAAGAGGUGUCGUGAAUUAUAAAAAAAGAAUUGAAACGUGUGUUAUAUUCAGCAUGGAAUGGGAAAGCACAUGGUGGUCAAUGAUGGUGGAAUAAUACUAAGCAGUGGGGAGUUAACCAAAAGUAACCGCGUUGUAUGAAUGGAGUAUGAUUUUUCAUUGACCUAAGUUUGUAAUUUUAAUAUUGUAAUCGAAAUUUAAAGUUAUGCUUAAAGUUAUUAUAGAGAAAUACAAACAAUAAGUAAAGAAUACUUUAUAAAAUUCGAAAUCAAAUGCAGUCUAAUUGUUUUAUGUGAAUUUCGUUUUGCAAUGGGAAAAGAGGUUAUGCUUUAAAGUAUUUUGUUGAGUUGACUGAAGAAUUAUAUGAAUUAACAUAUUAAUUACUGGAGAAAUUUAGAUCAUAUUUAAUUUCUGCAUAAUGGACGGAGUAGGAUUGUACAAUACUUUUCUCCAAACUCAUCAACCUCAAUUAGAAUCAUCCGGAGUGCCAAGACUGUUCUGGGAAAUUUUAUUUAAAAAACUUCAGUACCAAACUUUUGAUUCUGGUCUAGUGUUUCAAUUAGUAAGAAUCGAUUAUGAGGAUUCUAUUAGAGGUCCAAAAGAUCCUGUCUGGAAACUCUUUGUUUCUUGUGAGAACGGCAUAUCGACUCAAGAUCCAAAUAAUAUUUAUUUAAUAGAUCAUGCAUGGACUUAUGAUGUUGCAAAUGCCAGGCAAAAUUUAUCAAAUAUACCAGGUUUGUUGGAUCGUAUGUGUACCUUAAUUGGUUUUGACAUUGAAGAGGAAGAGAAUGAGAAAAUAGAAUAUGUAAUGAAUGAAAUGUGGAGAUAUAAUCAGGCUUUUUCUCUAAAUAGCGGUUCGAUAGAAGAUAGAAUGCCAAUAUGGUACAUAAUGGAUGAAGUAGGAUCAGCAAUAAAUCACAGCGAUGACCCUAACUUCAGGACAGUGCCUUUCUUAUACUUACCAGAAGGGAUUACUUAUACCUUACUGUUUCCUAUAAAAGAUGCCGAUUACGAGGAUGAAGUUACAAGAGAUUUUGUAGAGGGUCAAACAAAUGAUCCAAGGAAAAGGCAAGCUUUGCUAUUACCAUGGGUAGAUGUCUCAUUUGUCGGAGAAAAUUUUGUACAAACAGAACCAGAUGAAAGUUAUUUCUUAGCAGGUCAUAUUCGUGAGAGUUUACCAGAAAAGAUAGAUUUACAGCUUCUUCAGCGGGACAAAAACGUGAAACUGAAGGUAUUCUCACAAUAUACAUUUAUAAAUGAUUACCUAACUGAUCCUGCAUUUGAAAUAGUAAACAACGAAGAGCAGGCUGACAUUUUAUGGUAUACUUCGCAUUUCAAAGAUUACAAAGAACUCAGCAUCCGUUCACCGCGAGUUUUUAUAAAUCAGUUUCCAUUUGAAAAUGUUCUAACUAUAAAAGACUUACUGUCAAUAAUAUGCAGAAGAAAAGCAGGUGAGAGAACAUAUGAUCCUGAUACUCUUGAAACAUUCCCAGAGUGGUUACCUACUACUUACAAUUUAAGCAUGGAAUUAGUACAAUUUGUCGCGUACUUCGAGCAAAGGGAAUCUAUGGGUUUAGAUAACCAUUGGAUAUGUAAGCCUUGGAAUCUCGCCAGAGGAUUGGACACUCAUGUCACAAAGAACUUAUUCCAUAUUUUACGGUUACCUAGCACCGGGCCAAAAAUUGCCCAGAAAUACAUAAACGAUCCCGUUUUAUACGAAAGAGCAGAAAUUGGGAAAGUUAAGUUCGACGUGCGGUACGUGAUAAUGUUGAAAUCCGUGAAACCUUUGAGGGUGUUCGCCUAUAAAAAUUUCUUCUUAAGGUUCGCGAACAAGGAAUUCGCUUUAAAUAAUUUCGACGUGUACGAACAACAUUUCACUGUCAUGAAUUAUUCAGAGGACAGACCGCUUUGUCACGUAAAGUGUGCGGACUUUAUCUUGGAAUGGGAGAGGCAGUAUCCGGACUUCCCAUGGAGAGAUCGAGUCGAGCCAAAGAUUCUGCAUAUGUUUCGAGAAGUUUUCGAGGCUGCGGUGAUGGAAAAACCUCCGAAAGGUAUCGCUGAAUGCCCGCAAAGCAGGGCCGUGUACGCAGUCGAUCUGAUGCUCGAAUGGAAGCAAAACUCGAUGCAACCUGUUUUACUCGAAUUCAAUUUCUCUCCCGAUUGUAAAAGAGCUUGCGAGUAUUAUCCAUCUUUCUACAACGAUAUCUUUAAAUGUCUGUUUCUGGAUGACGAUAAUCCGGCAAUAUUUCACGAUCUGUGCUCAUAGAGCAAUUAAAUUCUGCAUGAAUUGAAUUACGAUGGCGUAAGUGCAGCAUGCUUGCGCCAUAAAUAUCGAGAAGCUAUUAACGAUGGUUUCCAUGGUCAGCGUCCUGACCAAAUACAUUUAUUUAUUCAAAGCCAGUCGGAUACCGCAUUUCGUAUGCGAUAAUGAGCUGAAGUAGCUCUAGUAAAUCUGCAUAUGCGAACGUUAAGGGUACAUUUGCUCUGUAAAUAAUUUCCACCUACCCAUAACUUGACGCUGCAAUGGCAAGACUAUCGCGGUACCUAAUGGAAUAAUAAACGAGGGAGCAAUUGGAACUGUUUCCACGAUAGCCUACUUACUCUCGUAACCGUACACUUUGACGAUGCGUUUGUCACGAAAAGGUGCACCGUUCACGAUUAUUAUCGCCCAUUCCGCUUUUUGUCACUUAUACAUUCUCUGGGAGAAUUUGAUCGAUCGUGGUAAUAAAGAUGCGAUGUAACGAAGCGUAUCUAAUUACUCGUUACCAUCCUAUUUUGUUCAUUUCCCAUUUUUAUUUUAAGUUCAAUCAGCUUGCUGCCGUUCUUUCGCGUAAAAUUGUAAUCGGUUAUGAUACGUAGUCUGCGAGAAAGUUGUAUAGAAUUGUUACUCUUUUUCUUAUUGUUUUGUUAUAUAUAUGUUUAAGUCAGAAUUGAAUCGUUCGCGAACACGACAAGAUCCUCAUGUCUUUAACGAUGGUUGAUUAGCAGAAACUCAUAGAGAAAGUUGAACAACGGGAACAGUUUCGAUCACCUUUUGCACAUGCAAUUUGCAAUUUUUCCUCGCGUGCGGCGCCAUAAUCAACCGCAAUCAUUAUUUCUUUAUUUCAGUUGGCAAACGACCCUAGUCGAAUCACGCGUUCGCCGACAAUGGUUUCGCAAAACAAUGAGCCCCGCACCAUCGUAUUUUGUUAAUUAUCGUGCCGUUCGUUAUUCGGUUAUUUCGCAAUGCGUUUCGUCGGUGGUCGCGCUCAUUCGAAAAAGCUUUCUCGUCAACUUUCAAGCACAAAGCUCGCUGCAUGCAAUUAUACAAAACGUGUAUCAACGCUCGGAUUCGGCGAAUCGAACGGUGUUAUGUUUGUCACGUUUCAGAAAAUUAUUGAAUCGAAAUUAUCUGUCGAAGAAAAUGAAAACGAUAAAUGGACGUGGAACAAUGAUAUCAAUGUUGCGCGUCGGAUUAAUAUACGCGAAAAUGGGCUAUUUAUUAUUUCUGCAAAUUUGUUUAUCUGUUGUAUAAUAUAUAAGGUAUUAAAUUUGUAUAAAUUUUCA